CAUGCAUAUGGGCUCCAGCUUAAGAUGUAUUGCAAAGUGAAGAAAAGGUAUCUGCAACUCCUAAAGACUCUCUUUGUUUUAUUCCUGACCAUUAGCGUUAUCUACAGGUGGUUGCAGGUGGUUGAUAAACAACGAAAACAUCUCAAUGGCAGCAAAGCGUCACUCCCAAACAAUAUCUCAAUCCUGUUGUGGUACUGGCCAUAUGGUACCCGGUAUAGCCUUUCAGGGGACGUGUGUCUGAGGGACUAUGGCAUCUCUGGAUGUGUGCUAGGGGACAAUCGCACUCUCUAUAAUAGUGCAGAUAUAGUGGUUUUUCAUCACUUUGAGCUAAGGCUGCAUAAACAGCACCUUCCAGUGAAUUUCCAUCGGUCCGCCAAACAGAGGUGGGUAUGGCUUUCUUUAGAAGCUCCACAAAACAACGGCAACUUUUCGCAAUACAACACCCUUUUCAACCUCACCAUGUCAUAUCACCCUCAAGCUGACAUCACUGUGCCCUAUGGGAAGCUGUUACAGAGAAGGAAACCAGAUUUAGACUUUGUUAUACCAAAAAACAAGAGUUAUGAAGCCUGUUGGGUGGUAAGCAACUACCAAAAAUGGCACAAAAGGAGUGCAGUGUUCCAAGAGCUAAACCAGAACCUCAAAGUGCAAAAGUAUGGCCUUGCCGUCAGCAAACAUCUACCAAAGGAGGCUCUGCUUCCAACGAUUUCACGCUGUUAUUUCUACCUGGCCUUUGAAAACACACAGUCUCCACACUAUAUCACUGAGAAGCUCUGGAGAAACGCUUUCCAGGCUGGGACUGUGCCUGUGGUGCUCGGACCACCACGCACAGACUAUGAAGCUGUGGUGCCUCCAAAUUCCUUCAUCCAUGUGGAUGAUUUUAAAUCUAUUAAGGGCCUGGCUGAGUAUUUGAGAGGCCUAACUAAAGAUCCAGAAAAGUAUAAUGCAUAUUUUACCUGGAGAAAAGACUAUACAGUUAAAUUAUAUACAGACUGGAGAGAGAGACUUUGCAAUAUCUGUCCCAUCUACGGACAAUUUCCAACUCAAAAGGUUUAUGAGGAUUUGAGAGUGUGGACAAAAUGGUAACUUAACAGGCAGCUGACAUUUGUACCUAAAACGCUGCAAAAGAUAAUAAUUCCUUAAAUUCAUAUAGCGCUUUUCUAGGCACUCAAAGCGCUUUACAUUGUGAGAGGAGGAUCUCCUCAUCCACCGCCAGUGUGCAGCAUCCACCUGGAUGAUGAGAUGGCAGGCAUAUUGAUCCAGAACACCCACCAAACACCAUCUUAUUGGCCAACCAGAAUAUGGGGAUUGUUAGAAGGCCAUGAUGAUCAGAGGCCAAGGGACAAAUUUGGCCAGGACACUGGGGUUUACCCCUACUCUUUUUCGAAGGACAUCCUGGGAUUUUUAAAGACCACAGAGAGUCAGGACCUUGGUCUUAUAAGA